CUCCGCAGCCCACUUCGGCGCGAGCAGCAGCAGCGGCAGCAGCAGCAGCGACGUGUCCCGGGCCGCUGCACCACUCGCAGUCGCCGCUCCUGGUUGUGGUUCCGGUGCCGAGGAUGAACCCGCCGUGCGCCCGCUGCGGGAAGGUGGUCUACCCCACCGAGAGGGUCAGCUGCCUGGACAAGAACUGGCACAAAGGGUGUUUCCACUGUGAGGUGUGCAAGAUGACGCUGAACAUGAAGAACUACAAAGGCUACGACAAGAAGCCGUACUGCAACGCGCAUUACCCCAAAACAUCCUUCACCAUCGUGGCCGACACUCCAGAGAACCUGAGGCUGCGGCAGCAGAGCCAGCUGCAGAGCCAGGUCCAGUACAAGAAGGACUUUGAGGAGAGCAAAGGUCGUGGCUUCAGCCUGGUGUGUGACACCCCGGAGAUGCAGCGGCUGCGGCGCACGCAGGAGCAGAUCAGUGACGCCAAGUACCACGAGGACUUUGAGCGCUCGCGUGGGCGUGGCUUCACGCCGGGUCUGGACGACGGCGGGAUGGAAGGCUACCAGCGAGCCAGUCAGAUGAUGACCACGGGCGGGCACCACCGAGCCAACGUGCCGCCGGAGGGGACGGACCGCCGCCCCGGCGGCAUCAUCGUUGCUCCCGUCCUGCCCGGAGCCUACCACCAGGGGGCGCCGCAGCAGCAGCCUCAGCACGGCUACAUGCACCAGACCAGCAUGUCCUCGGUCCGGUCCAUCACCUCGCCGCCGCACUCGGCCUCCGCGCGGGUUUACCGGGCGCUGUACGACUACGCGGCCCAGGACCACGACGAGGUGUCGUUCCGCGACGGCGACGUGAUCGUCAACGCCCAGCACAUCGACGAGGGCUGGAUGUACGGCACCGUGCGGCGCACCGGCAUCGGGAUGCUGCCGGCCAACUAUGUGGAGUAAGCUCUGUGGCGUGGCGGUGACCCAGCUCGCGCGCCUGACGCGUGACGGCGCGCCAGACAGCUUCCACGCAGAUGACGGCCACCAGAGGGCGACACCACACGCAGAGACGCCGAGGGCGUCAGCGCUCGCCGGGUCACGUGACUGCUGCCGCACGGCC